UGUUCGGCGUGUGAGCUAGCUUUAGCUAAUGUGCUAGUUAAAGGGUAGCUAACAACGUAAAGAGGUUCAAACUUCUGCUGCACGAAUAUAAACCCGUUUUUACUUCUUCAACUCACAUUCGAGAGUCUGUCAAAUCCACAAUGAGCAAGAGGAAAGCGCCGCAGGAAUCCCUGAAUGAAGGGAUAACAGACUUUCUUGUCGAGCUGGCCAACUACGAGAAAAAUGUCAACAGAGCAAUACACAAGUACAACGCAUACAGGAAAGCAGCAUCUACCAUCGCCAAGUACCCCAACAAGAUCAAAAGUGGUGAAGAGGCUAAGAAACUGGAUGGCGUUGGAGCUAAAAUAGCUGAAAAGAUUGAUGAGUUCUUGCAAACUGGCAAACUGAGGAAACUGGAAAAGAUUCGAAAUGAUGACACCAGCUCCUCCAUCAAUUUCCUCACCAGAGUUACUGGAAUAGGUCCUGCUGCUGCCAGGAAGUUUUUUGACGAAGGCGUGAAGACUUUGGAAGAUUUGAAAAAGAUCGAGCACAAACUUAACCAUCAUCAGCAGAUUGGACUGAAGUACUUUGAAGAAUUUGAAAAAAGGAUUCCAAGAGCUGAAAUGGAAAAGAUGGAGACUUUGAUUCUUGGCGAGUUGGGGAAAAUUGAUACGGAAUAUAUUGGAACAAUCUGCGGCAGCUACAGGAGAGGGGCAGCAUCGAGUGGUGAUAUUGAUAUUUUGCUGACCCACCCAGACUACACCUCUGAAACUGAGAAGCAGCCCAAGCUCCUCCAUGCCGUAGUCGAUCAUUUGGAGUCCAUCGGCUUUGUGACCGACACUCUGUCCAAAGGAGACACUAAGUUCAUGGGAGUCUGCCAGCUGCAGCAGAGCGAUGAGGAUGAGGAAGAGGAAGAAUACCUUCACAGGCGCAUUGAUAUUAGGUUAAUUCCCAAAGACCAGUACUACUGUGGAGUUCUGUAUUUCACUGGAAGCGAUAUAUUCAACAAGAACAUGAGAACCCAUGCCCUGGAGAAGGGUUUCACUCUUAAUGAGUACACCAUACGACCACUUGGAGUCACUGGUGUGGCAGGGGAGCCUCUGUUGGUGGAUAGUGAGAGAGACAUCUUUGAAUACAUCCAGUACAGAUACAGAGAGCCGAAGGACCGCAGCGAGUGAAGCAGAGAACAGCCUCCAGUUGCAGCUGUUUUUAAAGCUACAGUUUUCCUGCAAACGAGAUCUAAACAAAUGUGUGUGCUGGUCUUUUCUUUUUCCGCCAUCCGACUGUGUUAUAGAAAAGAAACAACUGUGAAAGUCGUUUUACGUGUUUGUUUUGGACUUUUUACAUCUUAACCUGAAGCCACGUCCAACAGUAAUAUUUUAACUUAAACAUGUGCACGCUCUGGAUGAGACAAUGAUUUAGAUUUUACCUUUGUCUUAAAUCUUCAUGGUCAUAUAUCUUUGUGAGGACUUUUUGCCUUGAUUUUUAAGCAAGUUUAUAAAAAUCAUGCUCAGUUGUUAUUUAUAUUUUACCUCACUUUUAGUUUUUGAUAUGUCGAAAAAUGAUGACUUGUGGGUAACGGUUUUAAUGUUUUAAUGUGGAUUGACUUCUGUUACAAUUGUUGUCUGUGAACAGUGAGGACCACUGUUGUCGAGCCAUUUCCUUGAAAACUCUUUCUACAUUACUGUAGUUUUCUUUGCAGCAUUGUUCCUCCAAUUUGGGUAGCCUCGCAAAAUGGAAAUACUACAAUGAUACAAACUAUUUAUGAUUAGUGAGCUAAGUUCCUGGUCAUGGACACUAAUUUAGGACAAAAUGGUCAUUUGACUCGAGAUGAAUGAACGUAUGUGUUUUCCCUUUUUGAGUAAAUGUACUGGUAGAUUUGAUUAAUCUAUUUUCCGUGUUUGUGUGAAAAUGAUUACAUGCAGUGGUAGAUCAGGACAUUAUGGGAUUGUCAGUGCUUUUCAAAGGGUCAUUUUAACAGCGGUAGAUUAAAGUAACUGAAAUAUUUCUACAGUGUAAAACUAGAAUAUUAGGGUUAGCAGUCCAGCUUUGUAGGUGGAUGGUUGCAAAAAUGUCAGAAAAUAUUUAAGAAAAAAUGGAAGUCUGAGGGAUUGUUGAUGUCCAAAUGCUAGCUUUGAGUAUGCUUGAAUGAAAUAAAUGGGUAAAAAAAAGAUGA